AUGGCCGACCCUCUCCUCACAGUGACCUUGCAGACGGCCCCUGGUGCCAAGCGCCGAGAGGGGCCACUCCGUGGGCAUGGGCAGAAGGACAGAGCCUCUUCAGACCCACAGCAGUCCUUGCAGGAGGCACUCUCCUUACUGGGCAGCAAUAACUGGGAGCUGAAGGAGAAGGGACUCCUCACCAUCAAACACCUGGCUGGGUCCCAUUCAGAGGUCCUGCUUUGUAGACUUCAUGAGGUUUGCUUGGCAGUUACCAGCGAGGUGACCAACCUCCGUUCUAAGGUGUCCUACUCUGCCAUUGUCACUCUGGGAGAGCUCUCUGUGACCUUGAAGAAGGACAUGGACUCUGAGGUGGAUGAGGUUGCUCGGGUCCUUCUCCAGAUGGUGUCCAGCUCCCCAGAAUUUGUUCAGAAAGCAGCCAGUCAGACCCUGGGGAUCAUGCUGGAGAAUGUGACUCCUGCACGAGCAAUGACUGCUCUCAUGGACAUGGGAGUCAACAGCCGCCCCGCCCCGGUGCGCAAGUGUGCGGCCCAACUGCUCCUGUCCCUGAUGGAGAGAAUUGGAGUCACCAAGCUUGCAGGCACACCCAGGGGUGAGAGGCUGCCACACGUGGCAGGGAAACUUGCUCGGGACUGUCACAAGGACACAAGGCAUUAUGGACAGGAGAUGGUGAAGAUGUUGCUCAAUCAUCAACAAUUUAAAAUGCUUUUGGAACGAUCUCUUCCCCCCCAUGACCUGGAAGAUAUUCGGACAAGAAUUAAGAAGAAAGGGAUGGAAAACCAGAAGGCUGAAGGCCCAUCUGUCAAGGAGCCGGUGAAGGAGAGGAACGAUGGCUCAAAGAAGCCCCAGGCCACAUUGUCUUCUUGCAAAUGGGUGAAAUCUACCUCUGAUGGACGCCUCCUACACUGUGCAAAAGCCCAGGUCAUGUCACCUCCAGCUGUGGAAGAAACCGAGUUGCUCCAGAAGCUUUACCAUCUCCUGGAAGCCAAGGGGUUUCAGACAAGGAUGGAAGGAGUGGAACUCCUCCUAGACCUGUGCAAAACCAGCCCCCAGCUCAUCUCCACUCACAUUGUCCAAAUUUUUGAAUAUUUUGUCCUGAGAAUAUCUGACAGCCACAAGAAAGUGAAGCAGAGGGCACUGGAUGUGCUGGCUGAAAUCACAGAAGCCCUGAAAGAUGCCUUGAACCCGGUGAUCAUUGGUUUGGUGGAGGGAAUAACAAAGAACCUGAACUCAAAGGAUCCCAGGGUUCGUGGGGCAGCUGUGAAAGCACUGGAAGAAUCCAUUGCUCAUUUGGAUAAAGUGUCACUGCUGAAAGAGUUCAGCUACCAAUGGAAUCACCUGAGUGGCCAAGCCCUGCUGGAUGUCACCGAACGUAUCACAGUGCUUGUGCAGGAGGUUCAUGCCAGGAGCCCUGAAGUCGUCCAGCGCGACGCCCUGCCCGUGCUCUGGUCCUUCCUGGGGAACAAGGCGCUGCCUGUGCGGAGCGCCAACAUCCGCACCGUGGCCACCAAGCUCGCCUCUGCCCUCUACAAGGUGAUGGGCACCCAGCUGAAGAAAUGUGCUGCCAGCAAGCCUCCACAUGUGCGGGAAAACCUCUCCAAAAUUUUGAGCUGUCAUGGCAUGGGGGGCCUGGAGCAGCUCCAGACUGAAGACAAGGUGAAGGGCAAUCAUGGCUCAGCCUCACAUAGAGAUCUGGCUGGUUACAGUCUUACCGAGGAGUUUUCUCCGGACUCUUUCCAUGUUCCCUCACCCACAAAGUCCUGGUCUCCCGUCCAGAAGAGUUCUCUUUCCUCCAAGCUCAAGAAGAAGCUGCCACCUGUAUGA